GCUCCGCGUGUCCCUGGCAACCGCCGCCGCGUGUGGAGAACAAGAAUGGGUGAAGCGGGAACUCGGAGAGGGCCAGUCUCACCCCCGCCGCCUGGCCCCGGCGCUCCCAGCCUCGGCUCCCCGGAGCUCGGGGUCGACCUGCCCGCGUCGCUUGCGGAGCUCUCCCGGCCACAGGCCAGGAGACGCAGGGAAAUGGCCGAGGCGGCUCCUGUUCGGGUGCCUAUAAAGUUUGAGGAUGUGGCCGUGUAUUUCUCAGAACCGGAAUGGAAGGACCUCGACAAGUGGCAGAAGGAGCUUUACAAGCAUGUGAUGACUGUCAAUUAUGAGAUCCUGUUCUCCCUGGACGUAUGAUUUCAUGGAUGUAGGGAGUUUCCAAUGAAGAAACUCCCUCUACCAGUGCAGAUCAGCAACUAAUCUGCAACCUAUAAUCUUAGAGAGUUGCCUUGGGGUACUGAGAAGACUCUGCCAUUCCCAAACCAGAUUUGAUAUCCCACAUUGAGCGGGGUGAAGAGCCAUUCAUUAGAGAUCAUAGGAACUUAAUGAAAAGAGAAAUGGCAAUUAGAUAUGGUCCUGAUAAGCAACAUGACUUGAAGAGUGCUUCUACACAUCUGUUAUGGGGGGACCAAAGAGUUGUGAAUACUGACAAGGAAGAAUGUCAUUUACAUGAUCUUCAAAGCCAGGACCCAUCUAGACCUUUCUCAGAUAAAAAGGCAGAGUUCUGUUCUAGACCUGAAGGCAUUUGGGAGAACCAGUGUGUGAAGGACACACAUCCCCAAAAGGAAAAAAUCUGUAGCACUAUAUCCUCCAUCCAGAGUGAGGGAGAACCAUGCCACAAAAACCAGGAUUCACCUAAGGUCCAAGAAACUCCCUCAGAACAGAGAAUCUACCCCUGUCCUGUCUGUGGAAAAAAAUUCCAGGUAAACGACCACCUGGUGAGCCACCAGAAGAACUGCUGCCAAGACCAGCCAUGCAAAUACCCAAAGUUUAAAAAGAAAUUCAACAAACCAUCUGAUCCCCAACUACCCCAAAGAAUUCACUUAAGAGAAAAACCUUUUCAAUGCAGUGAAUGUGAAAAGAGUUACAGGCGCCAAGUAGACUUGCGGAACCACCAGCUUGUGCACACAGGUGAGAGGCCUUUCCAGUGCCCUGAUUGUGACAAGAGCUUCCGACAGAAGGGACAAUUACUCAACCACCAAAGUUUGCAUACUGGGGAGAGACCAUUCCAGUGCCCUGAAUGUGACAAGAGCUUCCGACAGAAGGGACAAUUGCUUAAUCACCAGCGUCUGCACACAGGUGAAAGGCCCUUCCAGUGCCCUGAAUGCAAAAAGAGCUUCCGUCUGAAGGCUGUCAUGAAAGCCCACCUAGGAUUACACAGCAGAGAGAGGCCAUUCUCCUGCAGUGAUUGUGGAAAGGGCUUCACCCAGCAAUAUAAACUCACUGAACACAUUAGAGUGCAUAGUGGUGAGAAACCUUACCAGUGUCCUGAGUGUGACAAGAAAUUCCGUCUGAAGGCAGUCAUGAAAGCCCACCAUCGAAGGCAUAGUGGAGCAAGACCAUUUUCUGACUCUGGUCUUGGCAAGGGCUUUACCAAACCUUCUUUACUCAAUACCCACAUCAGAAAUCUCAUGGGGGAGAAGCUUUUUAAGUGCCAAGAGUGUGACAAGGGUUUCUGCCAGAAGAGGGACCUUCUUACACAUCAGCUUACACACACAGGAGAAAAGCCCUUUCAGUGCCCUGAAUGUAAAAAAAGCUUCCAUCUAAAGGCUGUCAUGAAGGCCCACCAGCGCUUACACAGUAAGGAGAGGCCAUUCAAUUGUGCUGAUUGUGGCAAAGGCUUUACCAAGCAGUCUGCACUCACAGUUCAUAUCAGAGUGCACAGUGGGGAAAAACCAUUCAAGUGUUCUGAUUGUGACAAGACCUUCCGCCUGAAGUCUGUAAUGAAGGCCCACCAGCGCAAACACAGUGAGGAUAGACCAUUCACCUGCAAUGAGUGUGGAAAGGGCUUCAUUCAAAGGUAUAAACUUACCACUCACAUGAGAAUGCAUACUGGAGAAAAGCCCUUUCAGUGCCCAAAAUGUGACAAGAGUUUCCGUUUGAAGAAAUACCUCCUCAAACACCAGGUUGUACACACUGGUGAGAGACCCUUCCAGUGCCCUGAGUGUGACAAGAGCUUCUGUCGAAAGGCUUACAUGAAAGUCCACCAGCGCCUCCACAGUGGGGAGAGGCCCUUCUCCUGUGGUGAAUGUGGUAAGGGCUUUGUUCAAAAGUAUAAACUCACUGAACAUUUCCGAGUACACACUGGUGAGAAGCCCUUCCAUUGUGCUGAGUGUGACAAGAGCUUCCAUCAGAAAGGCCACCUGCUCAACCAUCAGCUUGUGCACACAGGAGAGAGACCCUUCCAGUGCACUGAAUGUGAUAAGAGCUUUCGUCUGAAGGCUGAUAUGAAGGUCCACCAGCGCAUUCACAAUGGGGAGAGACCAUUCUCUUGUUAUGAGUGUGGCAAGGACUUCACUCAGAAAUCUGCACUUAAUACCCACCUGAAAUUGCAUGACAAGUUGAAACCCUAUAAUUCCCAAAGUAAGCCAGACAUUGAUCCUAACAGUGCAAGUCAUUCAGUUCAUUAGAGUUUUGUUGGCAUUAAGACAGAAUGAGAAUUAUAAAAAAUACAGCAGAACUAUGACUGGCUGGGAAAACAGCAGUGGGCAGACCAGCCUAGGAAGCAGAAGACAUUUCAUUGGGAAUCACUUGCAGUUUGGAUUUCAGAACUCAGAAUCAGGACUUGGAAUUUGUAACCCCAAAAUAUGCUUCUUUACCCCCCCAAAUAUAUCAGGCUACUAUUAGGGUCAUCAUGUAACUUCCAAAAAGUAGAACUAUCUGCCUUUUCAGCUUCUCAAUGGAGAGAAUAUAUUCCACUGAAAAACAGCCAAUACAGUUUGUUAAGAAUGAAUAAGUACAGAUGUUUUAGCCAUACAGCAAACUGAGAUGCAAAGUUUUAAAAUCAUGGAUUAGUCAUCAAGUACAUCAAGAGGCUGGUUGGAUAUCUUUAUGGAAUAUGUAUCCAAAAGAUCCAAGAAAAUUAGAACAUUAGUCUUGCAACAAAUAUUAGAAUAUUGAAGGAUUUGAAGUACUAGAGAUUAGGAAUUAGUUUUGAGAUACUUUCUUAUUUAAGCAACUAAAUCUCCUACAUAUUGUAGGGGGAGAAACGUAGAAAAGUCAGGCCUUCAUUUCCUCAUGUUGGUUGAGAUGCUCAAAACUGUAGAAGUCCUAGGAGCACCAGGGGAAAAAAAAAGCCACCAAGAUUAUACCAUCUGGCUGGGAAUGAGACCAGAAAGUAGCAGAUUGUUAAAAACUCUAAAUGAAGGCCAGAGAAAUAUUCUUUACUAGCAGCUUGAAAUGGCCCAGGGAUUUCCUUAUGUCAUUAAAAGGAAUCAACUGAAGAUAAGGCAAUGGGAGUCAAAGAUUCCAAACCAGAUUGAUUUCCAAGAUUGAAUGAAGGGAAGGGAUAUACCUUAGUGAUAAAGGAAACUCACUAAAAACAGAAACAGCUCUGGUACUGAAGAACAAUGUAAUUUGGAGUUCUUUGGGGUGGUGAAACUUAAACUUCCGAUAAGAAAACUUCGAAGGAAAUGGAUUCUCAAAGCAGUGGUCACAGUGUUGUCUUCUCAUUUUGUUAGUAACAUGGAGAGGCCCUUUGCAUUUCCAGUGCUCCAAACGUGACGAGUUUCUCCUUCUUGUGUUUCAUGAUAAUCCAGCAACAAUUGCAUUGCCAUUGCUGGAGAGUUGCUUCAGCGGUGGAGGAGCACAGAGGAUGAAGCAGAGCUACAAUCAGUCCUUGCUUUUCUCUGAAAGUUCCGUUCAAAGGACUUAGUCUAUGGUCAUCUGUUCCUAUAACAGAAAUUGGCUGAGGGUAAUGAUAAUGACGGUAGUAAUCUUAAUACCACCUACUUUCUCACAGGGCUGUUAUGAAGAAAAAUAUUUUUUAACAUCGUAAAGGCUAUAUAAAUAUGAGCUAUGUUAAAAAUGAAAAUACUUGUUCAUUGAUUGAUCAGAAAUAAUUGUAUUAUCUUUAGAUUUAAAAAAAAAAACAAACCUCUGGACGUAGCUGUAGAGAACUGUGUGCACUGAGGAAAACAGUGAUUGCUGGGUUCCCUUGUGACCUUUCCCAGCUGGUACAGAGUGACCACUUUUUGUGUUGUCAGGCCAUCAAAUGUGACAAAGUUGAGUUGUUGUACAGGGAUCAAAUACAGAGUGCUAUGGUGCCAAUUUUUUAAAGAAAUAAACCAAAUCACAGAGAGGUCCUAGAGCUCAGUGAAUGGGAAGCAGUCUUGUGAUCACCCUCUUGAGAUUCCUACAGAAUGUGGUCCCAAUUUCUGUGCUAAAACUCAAGUCCUGUUUCCGGUGCUGGUGUGAUCGACAAGCUUGUUCAGUUUUAUUGUGUUAAUUACAGCAAUAAAAGUAUCUCUGAAUCC